AGAAUUGGAAUCAGAUACUGCUUGAAACCUUCCACCUACUUGUUGGUCUAUAUCAGCACCACUCACCACCACAAGCCAAGGCCACUUCCGCAGCUGUUCUACCCACUUGCUCCAUCAAUAUGGAAGGUGAGAAGGACCAUUCAAAUGAGAAAAAGCUGAGCAUGGUAGUAGGAGCAUGGGGAGGUGAUGGUGGAUCGAGUUGGGACGAUGGGAGUUACAGUGGGGUGAGAGGGAUCACAAUAGUUUAUGAUCGCUGCAUCGACUGGAUCCGUGUUGUGUACGAUAAAAAUGGCAAGCCAGUUACUGGCCAAAAACAUGGAGGCGUUGGAGGCAAUAAGACUGCAGAGAUCAAGCUGCAAUACCCAGAAGAGAUCUUGAUCAGUGUGAGCGGCCACUACUGUCCGGUGGUGCACGGUGGCAGCCCUGUAAUCCGAUCACUUACGUUCAAGAGCAACCGAAGAACAUUUGGGCCAUUUGGGGUUGAAGAAGGAACGCCGUUUUCUCUAUCGAUGGAUGGGGGCCAGAUCGUGGGUUUCCAGGGGCGAAACGGCUGGUACUUGGAUGCGAUAGGAUUCCAUUUGUCUCAAACACGAUCCACAAAACUAUUUGAGAAGGUUCAAAAGAAGCUUCAAAAGAUUGCAAGCAUGGCUAUCUCAGCACCUAAAGAUAGUGAAGCAACUCCUCGAGUGAAGAAGAACCGAUCAAUGAGACAGUGAAUUACCAUAGAUGCGUGUUAUCCUAUUGUAAGCUAUCUAAUGUGGUCUUAACCAAAUAAGUUCUAUACUUCGGGGUUUAUCUAUUUGAUCUUUUGGCUUCUGUAUGCUAUGAGAAAACAUAUUCGUGAGA